CGCUCUGGCCCAACUUCAGAAAAAGAAACGAAUGGAACCGACGGCUCUAAGUAAUUGACCGUUGGAUUGGACACAAAGUCCACCCUCUCUUCUUGAUUUCCACUAAAUCCCGCGAGAACUCAGAAUUCAGGCAAACGAUCCCCCGUGAAGAAAAUCGUUUAUCGAUGGCGCUGAAGUUUCUGAACAAGAAGGGAUGGCACACGGGCAGCCUACGCAACAUCGAGAAUGUGUGGAAAGCCGAGCAGAAGCACGAGGCGGAGCAGAAAAAACUCGAGGAGCUGCGGAAGCAGAUCCACGAGGAACGCGAGCGCGCCGAGUUUCGCCAGCUUCAAGAGCAAGCCGGCCUUGUCCCGAAGCAAGAGCGAUUAGACUUUUUGUACGAUUCAGGAUUAGCUGUGGGGAAGGGGGGUUCUGGCUUCAAGGCGCUUGAAUCUUUGCCAAAGACUGAUCCUGAGACUACUGCAUCGACAUCUACUUCUGCAAAGCAGUCCGAGGCGCCCGGAGCAUUAUUUGAGGACAAGCCGCAGUCAGCCAAUGAUGCGUGGAGGAAACUUCACUCGGAUCCUUUGCUUUUGAUCCGUCAGAGAGAACAAGAAGCCCUUGCUCGUGUCAAGAAUAACCCCAUCCAGAUGGCCAUGAUUCGCAAAUCUGUACAAGCAAAAAAUGACAAGGACAAGGACCAGGACAAGGAUGAGAGAAAACAUAGAAAAAAGCAUCACAGGAAGAAAUCUAAACAUCGGAAACAUUCAUCGUCAGAAAAUGAUUCCGACUCUGAAGAUGAUGUUGUGACAGUGGGAAAACAAGAAGACAGACAUCAAAAGGGUUCCAAAACUGACAAGCAUUCACGUAUGGCAGCCCAUACUUCAGAUAAAGAGUUGAGCGAAGAAGAUGCUCGAAGAAAGAAAUAUUAUGACAAGGAGUACAAAGACCGUAGACCUAGUGGCACUCAUAACCCCAAAUAUGAUAAAAGCGAUGAUCAGCAAAAGAGUAGGGAGUACAAAGACCGAAGACCUAGUGGCACUCAUAACCCCAUAAAUGAUAAAAGCAAUGAUCAACAGAAAAGGGAGUACAAAGACCGAAGACCUAGUGGCUCUCAUAGCCCCAAAUAUAAUAAAAGGGAUGAUCAACAGAAAAAUAAGAGGAGUUACCAUGACUCUCGACGUGAAGAAUAUUCUUCAGAAAGGCAGGUUGAAUCUCGUCAUGACAAGAGAAGCCAUUUCAAUUCUUCAGAUAAGCCACCUAUGCAUGACUCAAACAACAGGCGUCGAAAUACGGUUAAACUUUCUGAAGAAGAGAGAGCUGCUAGGCUGAGGGAGAUGCAAAUGGAUGCUGAACGGCACGAGGAGCAAAGAUGGAAACGGCUGAAGAAGGCAGCAGAUAGUGAUGCUCAGGAAGCUAUUCAUGAUAAUGCUCCUUCAGGAAGGAACUUCCUGGAUGCUGCUCAAAAAAGCAUCUAUGGUGCUGAGAAGGGAGGAAGCUCAACCAUUGAGGAGAGUGUUCGCCGUCGUACACAUUAUUUGCAGGGAAGGUCAGCUAGUGAUAGCAAUGCUUUCCGGAGGUCAUAAUUUUCUACUAGGUAUCCAGCAUUUGUUCUGGUCUUAUUUGUAACCAUUAAGUAACAUUUCUAGUUCCCUGUUUUUUCUCAGUUCAGUGUGGUGUUUGAUUGAAUAUCCUAUAAAUAUAGACUUGCUUUAAACAUGUAGUAAAAAUAAACUCAGGUGGCUUA